AUGGAUUUGGAGGGAUUUGACGUUUUUGGUGCUGAGGAGGAGAAUUCGAUCAAGGAAAACAAGCGUGGCGGUCAAAAGAAAACAGAAAAUGCGAAAAAUGUUGAUGCUUAUCAUACAGACGGUUCUGAAUUACACACAAAAGAUCGUCAAGAUAACGUAAAAACAAAUGUUGAACAAAACAAGGACAGUGAAAGCGUGAAACAUUUGAAAGGAGCUGGGGGCAUGAAAAUGAACUUUGGUGAAGGCGAUGAUGAUGGACAGGAAUUUGAAUUUCUUGGUGUAGGCGGUAUUCAGGCAAACGAAAAGGAUUCGAUCAAAGAAAACAAGCGUGCCAAUCAAGAAAAAUCGGAAAAUGCAAAGAAUGUUGAUAUUUAUAAUCAAAAUGGUUCUGAAUUACACACUAAAGACCGUAAUGAUGAAAUUGAUACAAAUAUCGAAGAAAAUAAGGACAGUCAAAGCGUUAAACACAUUAAAGGAGCCGGCGCUAUUCAAAUAAAACCUAAGGACAAUAAUGAAGAUGAACCCGAUUUGGUUCAUGUUAUCGGAUUUGAAGGUAAAGAAAAAGUCUCCAAGAAGAAGAAUAAAAAGUUGAAUAAGAAGGAAAAAGAAAAUGCUAAGAAUAUUGAUAUAUACAAUAAAGAUGGCUCUGAAUUACACACUAAAGAUCGUCAUGAUGAAAGUAACACAAACUUUGAAGAAAAUAGUGAUAGUCAUAGUGUUAAAAACCUGAGAGGGGCAAGCCUUACUAAAAUGAACCUCCCUGAUGGUAAUGGGAAUGAAGAACCAUGCGAUGAUGAGCCUUCUACUGAUUCACCAUCUGGUCCACCUUCCGGCAACGAAGAACCACGUCAGCAUAAUAUUCCUCGAACUCCUCGUCCUACCCGUGGUCCCCGUGCUUCUCGCACUCCUCGUGUCCGUCAACCAGAGCAAGAAAAUCCUGUGACUGAUUGCUCGACGGAUCAACCAGAGACUUCAACUCGCGGGUCUGGCAAAGAAUGCACUUUGUUGCAAAAACUUGCAAAACGUCUCGGUAGAAAGGUUAACUGCUAAGUUGAAGUGGAAUGCAAGAAGGAAUGGAAGAAUGGAUUUAUAAAAAUGGGAUGAAUAAAAUUAUAUAAUUAAAUUAACUAAAUCUAAAGUAACUUUAUAUUUUAAUUUCGGCUUUAUUUAAAUAAAACUAUGGGUAAAAUUUGAGAUUUAUAUCGUCAAUAAUGUUUUCGACAUGAAGUUGUAUCCCGAACGGUCGGGCCAGAUGAGCAAAAAGCUUCUUAACGAGGUAGGGAUUUUAAUUAAAAAAAUUUAUAAAGAUUUUUCAGUCUAUU